AUUAUCUCUCAUGAAAAUUGAUCCAUCACUUGUAGGGAAAUAUCCUGAUUUAGAUGAUUAUGUCCGUUUAUAUGCAAGACGUCAAGGUAAUGUUGAGUUUUGGGAAGAUUAUAUCUCUCCUUACUUGACUAUCAUCUUUGCUGAUAAAGAUAAAUUGAUCUGGGAAUUUGAUGUGCAUGAUAAUCAUUGUAAUCAACUCGGAAAUCUACAUGGAGGAUGCGUUGCUACAUUGAUUGAUGUUUGUAGUUCCUUUGCUACUUUAGUACAUGAAGGCACAAAUCGUUGGGAUAUGAUUGGUGUCUCUACCGAUCUUGGAGUAUCGUACAUGAAUGGAGUAUCAUCUGGAAAUAGAAUUCGAUUAGAAUGUGAAGUACAAAAACUUGGUAAAACCCUUGGGUAUAUUUAUACAAAGGUAUAUGAUGAAGACAAUAGAAUAUGUUACUCUGGUUCACAUACAAAAUACACCAUUAGUCGUAAAUCCAACCUGUAAAUCAAACAAUACAUCAUCAUCGGUAGUGGUUUUCAAUGAUAAUAAU